AUGUCCACUGGUUCGGUCCGCAGAGGAGGACGGACUAGGAAGAAUAUAGUAGAACGUGGUGAGUUACGCUUGCUUAUUACGGUUAUCAUGUGCUAUUGUCUACUACCUACCUACCUACCUACCUACCAUUCUACUUGUCGGGAGAAAUCUGAACAUCUCUUCCUACCUGUUUGGAGUCAUGCGCUCGCUCCAUACUCCAUACGGCUUGUUAAUGGCGCCCUUUCACUUCCUUGCCUCCCUUGUGUAACCUUCGUUGAGACUUCAGAUGACGGACGAUGGCUGAUUGCUCGCCUUGAAGGUAGCAAUAGUAAUGAAGGUCACAGACAGAAUGCUCGUUUGGUCUUCAGAUGUCUCGGAUACGUGCCGAAUAGAGACUCGGAACUAUCUGUGAAUGGCAUUUCCUUGCUUGAUCUGAAGGCGUGGUGCUGGUAUACUAGAGCCUAA